AUGGAUGCCACAACCACCAACGCGUAUAAUAGCAGGGUGAUUGUUGAUCCCUCAAGGACAGGCACAGGCACUGCUCACAGAGGAAGCCACGCGUCGGCUAAGCGUUCAGCCUGGCUUGUAAUUCCUGCCGGUUUCGGAAACAGAAGUGCAGUGGGAAUAACACAAUCGGCCGUGCGACUGGCCCGAACAGUUGAAACGUGUAUCAACCUUAUACCUCUUAGUGGCCCGGCAAAAGGUUAUAUAGAAGCCUUGGAGCAUCGUCUCCAUGAAACAGAAAGUCUGCUUCUGAAUCUACUCGCCCAAAUCCCAGAUUCUCAGCUCUCUGCUUCGGUUCAGGGACGCCAAGAUCGUUCAAGCAGGCAUAGGAAUAGCGGCAGUCCGCCACAAACGUACUCAUCAUCAUCUUCCCGCCUCGGAAAGCGAGGCACCGACUAUUGGAAGAGAUUUCCUCUACACACUGUCCAGGACAUCCGUGACUGGCAGAAUGAUUGUUUGAGCAAUGAUGGAGAUGGUUCGACACGACACUCUUCGGGACCUGAAGCCGUUAAGCGUCCUUCUGCCUCACAGUCUGAAUACCAACCGGAGACUGUAUCUCCAAAAGACCAGAUGCCUGAGUUUCAAGGCUAUCGCGACAUGCCUACGCUACCACGGAUACAUCAGAUCGAGAUACCAAACAGCCCGAUAGAUGCCGGUUCAUCGCCGGCCAAAGUUGCAUAUGGCAGUGGAUUCGAUGGUGAGGCCAGAGAGAAUCGUCCACGGAUGGAUCCUGUUUUCGAAGCAAUACAGUAUCAGCGCGCUCGAGCAGAAGCGGUCCAUGAGUUCCCUGGUAUGCAGAAACCGAGUUUGUGGCGAGGUGCACCUUCUGUGAGCUUUCAACAACAAUUUCUUUGGUAG